UUUGCAUCUAACUCACUCUCUCAAGUCUCAAUUACCGGUCUCUCUAUCUUUCUCUGUCCUCUCUCACACCCUGAAAUAGAGGGAAGCAGAGUUAAAUGUGCAACAACCUCCUCUGAAAAAUCUCUGUUUCUCUUUCCUUCUCUUUAUCUUUUUUUCUUUCUUCAAGACUGAGACUUGGUGUUUAGUGGUCUCAACUUUCUCUGCUCAGAGAGUGCCUCAGACCCAUUUGUUUUCUCUCAUUUUCCGUGUGCGUUUGUGUGCUUGGAAGAAAGAAACAGAGGACAACAACAACCCCAUUUGUGGAGUUUCUCAUAAUUCGUCUUCUCAGAUCCGUUGUUUACUCUUUUUUCUCUGCCUGUAAUUGGAGCAUUGUAUUUGUUCCAUUUCAAGUGGUAGAUAUGAGUAAAGAAGAGAUUUUGCAGAUCCAGACUUGUGUUCUCAAAGUGAACAUACACUGUGAUGGGUGUAAACAGAAAGUCAAGAAAAUCUUGCAGAAAAUUGACGGGGUUUACACCACCAAAAUAGAUUCAGAGCAAGGAAAGGUCACAGUCUCAGGGAAUGUAGACCCAGCUGUACUCAUCAAGAAGCUUUCAAAAUCAGGGAAGCACGCAGAGCUAUGGGGUUCCCAAAAGGCUAAUAGCAAUCAGAACCAGCUUCCUAACCAGUUUAAGAACAUGCAAAUUGACAAUGGCAAAGGAGGUGGUGACAACAACAACAACAAAGGAGGCCAAAAGGGUGGAAACAACAACAACAGCCAGCAGCCUAAAGGGGGCCAAUUAAUUGGAGGCCAAUUAACCCCUCAGCAGCUGCAACAGCUUCAGCAAAUGAAAGGGGGUCAAUUAAACCCACAGCAGCUGCAACAGCUUCAGCCAAUGAAUGGGGGCCAAUUAAAUCCACAGCAGCUGCAACAGCUUCAGCAAAUGAAAGGGGGCCAAUUAAACCAGCAGCAGCUGCAACAGCUUCAGCCAAUGAAUGGGGGCCAAUUAAAUCCACAGCAGCUACAACAGCUUCAGCAAAUGAAAGGGGGCCAGUUAAACCCACAGCAGCUGCAACAGCUUCAGCAAAUGAAAGGGGGCCAAUUAAACCCACAGCAGCUGCAACAGUUUCAGCAAAUGAAAGGGUUCCAAGAUCUGAAGCUGCCUCCAUUGACGGACUUGCAGAAAUUUCCACCAACUCAGAACAACAAUAACAGCAACCAGAAAGCUGCGAAGUUCAACCUGCCUGAGGAAGAUGACUCGACUGAUGGUGAAUACGACGACGAUGAUUUUGAAGACGAUGAGUAUGAUGAUGAAAUGGAUGAUCCUCGCCAUCCGGUACCGAACAAGGCAAAUCCCAUGAUGGGUAAAAACGGUCCUCUAGGUCCUAAUAUGAUGAUGAUGAUGAAUGGGAACAACCCCCAGCUCAUGAAGGCUGCCGCCGCUGCAGCUGCUGCCAAUGGUGGUGGUAAUGUCGGUAAGAAAGGAGGAAGCGGUGGUGGUGGUGCUGUACCUGUUCAGGUAAAUAUGGGUGGUGGUGAUGGCAAAAAUGGAAAUGGCAGUAAGAAAGGAGGUGGUGGAGGAGGUGGAGGUAAUAACAACCAAAAUCAAGGAAGCAAAAAUGGCGGUGGGACCAAUAACAACAAGAAUGGCAAUAAUGGCGGCGGCAGUGCUAAUGUCAACAACAUGAAUGGUAACGGCGGAGGUAAAAAGGGGAACGGAGGCGGCAGCGGCGGUGGACUGAAUGAUGGGUUCCGUGCUAUGGGUGGGCCCCAGAUGGGUAACAUGAACAUGCCCAUGGGUGAGAUGGGUGGUAGCAUUCCUAUGGGUCAAAUUGGUAACAUUCCAGCUGUUCAAGGACUGCCCAUGAACGGUGGUGGUGGUGGUGUCGGUGCCGGCGUUCCUGGUGGUUAUUUCCGAGGGGCUGGGCCGGAUCUUAUGCCCGGCGACCCGCACCGCCAACAACAGCAAGAACAGCAGCAAUAUAUGGCUAUGAUGAACCAACAGCGUGCAAUGGCUAAUGAGAGGUUCCAACCCAUGAUGUAUGCCCGACCCCCACCCGCCGUCAACUAUAUGCCAGAACCCCCACCCGCUGUCAACUACAUGCCACAACCAUACCCGCCAAACCCGUACUCAUACCCAUACCCAUACCCGCCCCCACAUUCGGACCCAUACAACAUGUUCAGUGAUGAAAACCCAUCAAGUUGCAAUGUGAUGUGAAGAAUUAUACAUAUAGGCGAAGGGGGCAGGGGGAUUUGAACCCAUGGGUCUUAAAUGGGAGGAUUUGGUUUAGGCCAAAACUUAAUUCCCGAUGUGAAGAAAUGUUUUGACACUGGGUUUGGCAUCUAAAAGUUUGCAAGAGCUUUGUUGGAAGCUUUGUUCAAACUCUCUUUUUAAUUCUACUUUUGCUUCAAAUCCCAAGUUGAAUUAGGGUUUUAAAUUAUCAAAAUAGGGGGAGUAGUUCAUGAAGGUGAAGAUGUAACAAGAAGUGGGUUCUUUUCUUUUGUUGAGAAUGUCCAUAUGUUGCCAAACAAAAAUAAGAUGAGAAAAUGGAGAACGGGUUUAUUAAAAAAAAAAAGCCCAUUUCUCUCCCAAAUCCCCCCACUCACGUGCUUCUUUGUUUUCUUUCAUUUUUACAUGCUUCACUGUUUCGAUGUGUGUGAAAUCAUGUGCUCUUGUGAUAAGAGGUGGGGCUUCAUA